AUGGGCCCUGGGCUGGGCGAUUCUGGGCUUGUGCACCUGCAGUUCUGCGGACUUCCUAAGAGCCAACGCCGAGGAUCGAUCAGGAACUUCUUCCCUAUGGAGAUGCCAAGGACCCGGCACUGGGAGGCGACUGCGGGGAACUGCCACUCGGCGCUGCUGCAGUGCGCAAACUUAGUCUUUCAGGGCAGCGCUGAGUGGCGCAAGCGACUUGGUGAGGCGGAGUCUCCUGCCGCGCUGGCGCAGUAUGGCAGGGAUCAAGUGCCCGCGCUUCUGGAGCAAGCGUCUGGGAUUGCUGGCAAGGUGGACCGCCGGGCUUUGCAGCGCCUCUUCGGCCUCAGUAUGCUUGCAUCUUCCAGCUUGGAACAGCUGCCGGGCGACAUCUACCUGCGCCUGUUGGGCCGCUACAAAGAUGUUCAGGCCACCAGCCUGUGCCAGCUGCUGUUGAAGGGCUCAGUGCCGGAGCGGGUGCGCGAGCUGCUGCCGAAGAUGGUCCCGCCCUUGGUGCUGAAGCAAUCCAUGGAGGGCAUCCAGGAUCUCAUGAUGCUCCUGGAUGAGGAGUCCAUUCCAUCCUUCUUCACCCCUUUGCUCCCCUAUGUGCUCAGCGACAUCGCGGAAGAACCGGCGAUUCGCCUCACCGGGGCCUUGACAUUUAUCAUGGAGAAGGUCUACGACUGCAAGGUCACCAUGAACAGUCUCUACGAUGCCAACUUGGGCAAGGUCCUGGUGCGCAUCCUCUGGAACUCCAGUUCAAGGUCUCCAGAUGCCGCUUUGCGCCAUGCCUCUGCCACGCUCGACCGCAUUGCGGAGGUUUUGCGCGGCCGUCAGGACAAGAAGCGUUCUGCGCCGGAAGCUCCCGCCGACAAGAAGCGCCGAAAGGGCGACAAGAGCGUCAUCGACGUGAACGAAGCCUCCCGGGCAGGCGUCAGCUCCGAAGCACUGGGCCUGGCAGAGCGGGGCUUUCUGCACGCCUUGGACAUUUUGCAGAUCGUCGCAUCCGAGCGCCAGGAAAACCCCAAGUGGCAGGACGUAUCACCAUCUCAUGAAAGAUCCAUCUCAGGCUCUGGACCAUGGUCGCUUCUUCCGCUCUGCCGCGCUGCUGCUGGAGAGAUCUUGGGUGACGAGGUGCAUCGCUUCGCCCCGAAGGUCCUCGAGUUUCUGCAGUGCUCGAGCCAUGCUGAGAGCCUGAAAUGCUGGCGCCCCUUCCUGCGGGCGGGCGCUGUGCGCCUGCGGGCGCUGGUGCCAGCAGUGGUCAGCGACUUGCUGCACCUGGGCCAGCGCAUGAAAGAGUUGGACCUGGGCAAACCGCACCAGGAGUCGCUGGAGCUGGUCUCCAGCUUGGUGCUGGAGGCGAAGGCCACUCCAGAGGUGCUGCUGUCCCUGCCGCCGCUGCCGCAAAGCCUGCAAGGCACUAGACAUCAGGUGGAGAAGAUGCUGGGCGCCAAGAGUGGCUCGCAGCGCUUCGAGGAGAUGGCCAAACACAUGGAGACCGCACCCCACCAGGCGGUGCGGCGGGCCAUCCUCGAAGGCCUGCAGCACCUCCUCACGCAGCAGCGCCAGGCGUCGCCGAACCCGAUUGCGCAGCUGCCGGGCGCCACCCUGACACGGCUCAUGCGCGCCGUGCUGAAGUUUCUCCUGGAAUCCUCGGCCUCUCCAGGCAACCAGCUGCUCUGCGGCCAAGUCCUGGGCGCUUUGGGCGCCAUCGACCCCGCCCGCUUCGCCGGGCAGGUGCUGGUGGAACGCCACAACAGCAAGGAUCACCGCUCACCCAAAGGAGACGAGGAGCUCGCCAAGUCCGUGCUGGAGGACUUCCUGGCACCGCAGCUCACGCGGAGCGCCUUCGCCUUCGCAGCCCAGGAGAUCUUUAAGGUCCUCAAGAAGAGCGGCAAGGACCAUUCUGUCCUGGCCAAGAUCCCGCGGGAGGAUGUCCGGGAGGCCCUACGGCCUUAUAUGACCAGUGAGUACCAGAGCCUCAGCGGAGUGCUGAGCCAGGGACCUCCCAGCCUGGAAGGUGCCCUGGCGGAGGUGCCUUCGCUUCUGCCGCCCGACCGCAGGCCUCUCUUUGAGGCUUGCCUGCCGCCGGUCGCGGCCAGCCCUGCGCUGGCGCAGUUCCUGCUGCACCACGUGGCGCUGCCGGACCUGCUGCACCACGCGGAAGUGCCCCGCUUGAAGCUUUGGGCCCAGAACUUGGCGAAGCUCCUCAACUUCCAAGGAGAUGCUGACAGCAAGCAGUCCACCACGGCGCAAGCGGUGUUCUCUCUGCUCGACGACCUUUUCCACCGACAGGAGCAAGUCAGAUCCAUGCCAUCCGUGCGCCCGGGAGACGAAAUGUGGAAGACGCGGCAGAAUGACCGGCUCAUGGCGCUGGUGGAGCCGUUUUCCAACCGCCUGGUGCUGACCUGCGCCAUGCGCUGCGGCGCCCACGCGCGGUCCCUGCAGUUCCUGGAGAUGGAGCUCAUCGAACAGGCGAGUGCGAAGAAGAUGAACAUUUUCGACGAAGGUCGGCUGGAGGAGUCGGACUGUGAGCUGCUGCAGACCAUCUACCGGGAGCUGGGCGAGCCGGAUGGCGUGGUGGGUGCCAUCCGCAUAGGUCCCAGUGCAAGGAUCAGAACCGCAGAGUUGGAGCUGAAGGGGAAGUGGUCUGAGGUCCAGGGCCUCUGCGAGCAGCGCGCCUUGGUGCCCAGCGAGCGCCCGGAGGCGCUCUGCGGCCUGGUGGACUGCGCCCAGGCCAUGCGCCGCUUCGAAAGCUCGCUGCAGCUGAUCCGAGGCAUCGAGCAGGAGACCUGCCGCAGCUGA